GGGCAGGCCCCACAGCUGUUGUGGGGUAGGGGGUGUGUGUCAGGGAGGGGCCCAGGCCAGGCAGCAGAGACCCCCGCGGGCCUGAGCUGCUGGCACCAUGGACCGGUACCGGGUCCCGCGCACCAAGGAGAUGGAGUUUGGGGGGGCCCUGGGCACGGCGGCGCUGACCCUGCUGCUCCCGGGUGCCAUGUGGUACCUGCUGACGGCCUGCGGGACCAAGGAGGCCAGUGUCCUGCAGGUGCCCCCUGUACCCACCCCCCGCACCCUUGCCAACCCCCAAGCCCUCCUCCUUGUCCUCGCCUGGCUCGGCCUCCAGGCCGCCCUCCACAUGCUGCCCAUGGGCAAGGUCACGGAGGGGAUCAUCCUGCGGGACAAGACCCGGCUCCAGUAUCGUGUCAACGCCUUCCAGGUGCUGGGGCUGACAGCGUUGGGGGUGGGUGCGGGGCUGGCCGCCGGCCUGCGCCUCAGCUUCAUCCACGACCACCUGCUGGAGCUCGCUGGCGCUGCCACCCUCGUGUCCUUUGGCCUCAGCCUCCUGCUCUACCUCAAGGCCCUGCUGGCCUCCGAGGCUGCCCUGGCACCUGGCGGCAACUCGGGGAACCCCAUCUAUGACUUCUUCAUGGGCCACGAGCUGAACCCACGUGUGGGCUCCUUUGACCUCAAGUAUUUCUGUGAGCUGCGCCCAGGCCUCAUUGGCUGGGCGCUGGUGAACCUGGCCAUGCUGCUGAAGGAGACAGAGCUGCGGGGCAGCCCCUCGCUUGCCAUGGUCCUAGUCAACGCCUUCCAGCUGCUCUACGUGGUGGAUGCGCUCUGGAACGAGGAGGCUGUGCUGACCACCAUGGACAUAGUGCACGAUGGCUUUGGAUUCAUGCUCGUCUUCGGGGACCUGGCCUGGGUGCCCUUCACCUACAGCCUGCAGGCCUACUUCCUCGUUGGCCACCCCCAGCACCUCGGUCUGCCCGCCGCUGUCGCCAUCUUGCUGCUCAAUGGGCUGGGCUACUACAUCUUCCGCAGUGCCAACUCCCAGAAGAACACCUUCCGCAGGAACCCCAAUGACCCUCGAGUCGCCGGUCUCAAGACAAUCCCCACAGCCACGGGCCGGCGCCUACUCGCAUCAGGCUGGUGGGGCUUCGUACGGCACCCCAACUACCUGGGGGACAUCAUUAUGGCCUUGGCCUGGUCACUGCCCUGUGGCCUGACGCAUGUGCUGCCCUACUUCUAUGUCAUCUACUUCACAAUGCUGCUGAUCCACCGCGAGGCACGGGAUGAGCGCCAGUGCCUGCGCAAGUAUGGGCUGGCCUGGGAGGAGUACUGCCGGCAGGUGCCCUACCGCAUCUUCCCCUACCUCUACUAAGCCCUACACCCUGCCUCUGCCCUGGCUUGUGGCUCCUGCUGCCCCACCAGACCAGCCUCAGAAUGCAGGGCUGUGCCAACGGUGCCCUGGACAGAAGCUGACUCCGAGCCUAGCCACCCUAGUCCCCCAUACUUGAGAUGGCUCCAAUAACCCAGUGCAGGGGGUGGGAGAUGGAUUACCCUGGCCAGAGCUGGCCAGGAAAGGCCCCCUAGACCACUGGAGCCAUCGCCCUUGCCCAGCUGCACUGAACCCCUGCACCAGGGUGACCCAUGAUGCUGUGGGGAGGCCUGACAGCAGGCAGGUGCCUUAUCAGACUGAAACUGCCUGAGACCAUGACAUCCCAUCCACCUGCAUCUUAUUUGCAUCUCAUUGGAAAGGAAUGCAUUGCCUUGAUGACUUUGUAACACUGACAGCCUCCUGUACAGUCCCUAGUGACCCCCCCCUCCAGCUGUGGGUCCUGCUGGCUGGGUGGGGGGGCAGGCCCAUGAGGCAGUAGGGGGCUGGGAGGGCAUGCGGGGCUGGACCGGAAGGCUGGGAAGUUUGGUGUUAAUAAAUGGUACGUGGAACCAAA